CAUCUCUUAUUAAUAAACUAGUUCCAAAAUGUACAUUAAUCUUCAUCUCUAUACUGGGGGAGGCGAAGUAAAGAAAGUUUCAAUGACAGACCUGUCGAAGAAUAUGAAAGUGAUUGAUUUACAAAAAAGAAUCGAGGCUGAGCACGGAAUCGAAGUAUCCCUUCAAAAAUUAAUCCACAAGGGCAAGAUCAUGUCGGGAAAUGACGGUGAAACCCUGCUUCACUACAACGCUAACUACAACGAAACAAUCCAGGUUCACAAGAGAGAGGUUCUUGGUUCUCUGGACGAUGUGAAUACAAGCGAGCAGGUCGUUGAGCCGGAACCGGAGAAGAAUCCCGAGGUUAUUCUUGAAGAUGUGGAGAGUAAUUUUUACAAACUCGGAGAUCUAGUUGACGUGAAGGAUUGCGGUGAAGGAAGUGAGACUCUUGGUUCCUUUUUUGAAGCUAAAAUCCAACGGAUUACCAAGAAUAUUGAAGCUAAGAAAGAAUCUGAAUCGGACGGACUGAACUAUCACGUCGUUUACGAUCGGUGGCCAUUAGAUGAUACAGAUCAUAGAUGCAGUAACCUUCAUCUUCGACCUCGUGCCCGUCAGGAGUUAAAGCUGGGAGAUCUUGAAGUUAAUCAACGUAUUCUGGUCAACUUCAAUAUGAAGGACGGGGAAAAGAUUGGUGAAUGGUACGAGGCGACAGUUACGGAAGUGAACGCUCGGAAAAAACUCCUCAUCUGCACUCUCUACAUAGGGGUUGAAGGGACUCCGCUGGAUAACCAGGUUAUCAAGUAUACAGAGAAGAUAUUCAAGCUGGAGAACCCUGUUCUUGUUCAGGAUAGAACACUUCAAACACAGAAGGAACUGGACAGGGUUGUUCCCCGUAAACACACUAUCGAGUGUGAAGCUUGUGAAGAUGUUGAGAAGAAAAAAUGCAAGGAGUGUGGUUGCAAUAAUUGUGGGAAGAAAAAAAAUCCUGAAACUAUGAUAAUCUGCGACGAAUGCCAGCUGAACUUUCAUCUUCAGUGUAUCGGGAUGAGUGAGUUACCGGACGAUGAUUUCUACUGUUCGAACUGUAAGAGAACAGACACUACCAUCAAACCAGGAGAUAAACUGAUAAAUAAGAAACUCAAAAAUGCCCCCAGUCAGAACAAGGAUUGUAAGAGAGAUUGGGGCAGAGGUUUUGCUUGUGCUGGCCGAUCAACUACUAACGACAAGAUUCCAAUGGGACAUAAGGGACAGGUUCCGGGAACUGAGGUUGGAAUGACUUGGUAUAGAAGAAUCCAGCUCUCUGAGAACGGGAUCCAUCGACCACCUGUUGCAGGAAUACACGCUAGUGAGAAAUUGGGAGCCAUGUCGAUAGUUCUCAACGGAGGAUACGAGGAUGAUGUCGACAACGGUGAGGAGUUUCUGUACACUGGAUCAGGAGGACGAGAUUUAGGUGGGAAUAGAAGAACUAACGUCCAGUCCUUCGACCAGGAGCUAACCAAGGGAAAUAGAGGGUUGGCAAUGAACUGCAAUGCUCCGGUCCGUGAGGACGGUAAUGAGGCCAAGGACUGGAAAGCUGGUCAACCUGUCCGAGUAGUUCGAGGUUAUAAACUGAAGAAACAUUCUCCUAAAUACGCUCCUGAAGAAGAAGGAUUCCGGUACGACGGUAUAUACAAGGUUGUUAAGUACUACAAGGAGGUUGGACAAUCUGGUCUAGUUGUCUGGAGAUAUGUUCUUCGUCGAGAUGAUCCCUCUCCUGCUCCCUGGACUAAGGAGGGGAAGAAAAUCAAGGAGGAGAGAGGAUGGAGUGUGAUUUAUCCAGAAGGGUUCACUGCACCCCCUCUUAAGGGUGGUAAACGGAAGAACACUGAAGAGGAUAAAGAGAAUCUGAACUCCAAGAAGAUCAAGUUCUCCUUCAGUGACGCACUCAAGGAUUUAAUAAAGAAGGAUAAGCACAACAGCAAGGUUUGGAGCCAGGUGUUGAAGGAUGUAUUCUCUGAUCAUGAGGAUAUGAAAAACAGGAUAUCCGACACUUUCAGCUGUAGUAUCUGUAUGUGUCCUCCAGUCCCACCUGUUAAACUCACCUGUAAACACAAUAUGUGCAAGGGUUGUCUAGGACGGUUUAGUGGAGAAGAUAUAAAAAAGGUUUGCCCCGUGUGUCGAGCUGAACUAACGGGAUCUGAGGAGGAGAACAGUGAGCUUCGUGCCGUACUCAACUUUAUUAUUCCGGGAUAUGAUGAUGUAUUCCGUUAACUCAACUAAAUUCUAGGAUCCUAGGAAUCCUAGUUGACAGAUCCGAUCUUUUUUCUCGAUUAUAGUCGAAGAAAAAACAUCACCACAAAAUAGAAAAUUUAUUAAUCUGAAAAAGUAUGAUUGACAAAAUGAAAAAACGCUACUCUUCUCAGAACAAGAAAGCGUGUGUUUGCCUCAUAACCUAGUCUUUGUUAUUCGAAAGAAUGUACUUCUGACUUCUGUCAAUUUUCUAAAUCACGCUUAUUUCUCUCCAAAAUGAUUGGAUAUCAAAGUAUUCAGAUUCCUUGUGAUCUUGUAAACUGCUAUUUUUUUCUAAAUUAGACUUCUCAUCAUAUCAAUUGUUAAUCUGAGAAACUUUGGCGUUUAUCAAAAUGAUGCUGAUUUGAAAGCUUCAAAGAUUUUUUCUAAAAAAACUUCUUUGUUCAAUAAUCAAUAGCCAUUGAUGUUCUCAUAAAAAUGAAAAUUAUUUAAGUAGUUGUUUUAAAUGUUUGUUUUUCUCAUAAAUAUUUUAAAAUCUGAGGAUACAUUUUAUGACCGGCUAACGCAGCUCCUCUCUUUUGCUUGAACUGCUUUUUGAGAUGUUUUUGUUUGCUACCAUUGUUGUGUUGGUUUUAUUUUUAUCCUAACAGUUACUGUUAAACAAUUGACUAAGAAUAUGUAGCAAAAUUCGACGUCUGUAAUUUUAUACUAUUUGGUUAUGUACUGUUGUAGAAUUACUGUAAAUUUACGCUGUUAAACAAAGACUCGGAGUAUGUUCUGUCAGCUUAUUUAACAAAUUUUGGCGAACUUAAAGAUAUUUCCCAAGAUUGUUCUUAUAUUACCAAACCGCAUUUAAACAAAACUUUCUGUCUAAACUUAAUUAUCUCGUUUAUUUUACAAUAAUACAUGUUCAAAAUUAAUCUGUAAAUUUUGAUUUGAACUUCUGUACAGCAACGAUUAGCAUGUAUCACAUGUAUAUUUACCCUAUAGGAUAGGUAUUUUUACUCCGAAAUAUAUGUUCAUAAAAUCA